AUGUACGCCUUUCGAGUGAGCCCUCCAGCGACAAUGUCAGCCGAAAAUCCCUUCAUCACGGGGGCACCAUCAAAUCCCAUUCACCCUUCGUGGAGAGGUUACAUCGCAUCCACCACAGAUGCCUUGGUUCUCAUCGAGGCGUACAUGGUCGGGCUCAUAAACGGCAUCCCCAGACGGCCACGAUAUGCCGAGCAUCACUGCCUCAUCAGGAGCGGCAGCAUCCUCAUCUUUGAAGAAAGCCGCUCAGGUAUCAAGCGCUGGACCGACGGGUUGAAGUGGGGCCCGAGCAGGGUCCUGGGCAACUUUCUCAUCUACCGCGAACUCGACGACGACUCGGUCACGCCCGUGCGUAAAUCAGCAGCGUCCAAGCCCAGGACGUCUCGGGUGAACCGCAGGCGAGCGGCAGGCAUCUCCACCGCAAACGUCGUCGGCAGCUUUGGCGACUGGUACCAGUUCAAGAAGGACGGCCUGAUCAAGAAGACCAUCAGCGUGCUGGUGCAGGAUCGCACGGUCCAUCUCGUCAGCUACUUCACCAUGGAGGACAUCAUGCUGGGCCGGUUAUCGACGCCGACCAUGGAGCCAGACUUGCAGAACAUUAUACCCAGGAUGGAGCUGAUCAAGUCGGAAAGCAUUCGCAAGCCCAUUGACGGAGCUGAUUACCUCCCACCCUCUACUCACUCGUCUCCCCCGUCCUCGUCCAUGAUUCCCACAACAGCAGUGACGACAUCGACGACGACGACGCCGACGACGACGGCAUUAACAGCGCCGGGUUGGGACCCGCAACAAUGGAAGUUUCUGCAGCAUCUCUCGAGCUAUCAACCUAUGGACAUGUUCCCCCAAAACAUUGUACCUCAACUGUAUAACUUUUAA